AUGUCCAAGCGUCGACUGGCCGAAGAGGCCGCAGACGAGCGUCACAUCAUGCGCAUCAUGCCGCUCGGCGCCGGCAACGAGGUCGGACGCUCGUGCAUCGUGCUCAAGUUCAAGGGGAAGACCAUCAUGCUCGACUGCGGCGUCCAUCCAGGCUACUCGGGCCACGGGAGUUUGCCGUUUUUCGACGGCGUGGAGGCCGAAGAGAUCGAUCUGCUGCUGAUCACGCACUUUCACAUUGACCAUGUGGCUGCAUUACCGCACUUUACGGAAAAAACGAACUUUAAGGGUCGCGUGUUUAUGACCCACCCGACGAAAGCGGUGAUGCAGAUGAUGCUGCGCGACUUUCUGCGCGUGUCGAACAUUUCAGUGGAUGACCAGAUUUAUGACGAUAAGGAUUUGAAUAACUGCGUGGCCAAAGUGGAGAUCAUUGAUUUUCAUCAAGAAAUGAUGCACAAUGGGAUUAAAUUCACACCUUAUAAUGCCGGCCACGUGCUGGGUGCCUGCAUGUAUCUCGUGGAGAUUGGAGGGGUAAAGGUGCUUUACACCGGUGACUACUCGUUGGAGAACGACCGUCAUCUCAUGGCAGCUGAACUGCCCGCUUGCUCGCCCGACGUGCUCAUUGUGGAGUCGACCUACGGCGUGCAAGUGCAUCAGUCGGUUGUUGAACGUGAGGGACGGUUUACGGGACAAGUGGAGGCAGUUGUACGUCGUGGUGGACGCUGUUUGAUCCCAGUCUUUGCUCUUGGUCGCACACAGGAACUGCUCCUGAUUCUUGAUGAGCACUGGCGGUUGCACCCGGAUCUGCAGGAUAUUCCCAUCUACUUUGCGUCCAAGCUGGCUGCAAAGGCUCUGCGUGUGUACCAGACAUAUAUUAACAUGAUGAACGACCGCAUCCGCAAACAGAUUGCGAUUUCGAACCCAUUUCAGUUCGAGCAUAUCUCGAAUCUAAAGAGCAUGGAAGAUUUUGAUGACUCUGGUCCUUCUGUCGUGAUGGCGAGUCCUGGUAUGCUGCAAAGCGGUGUCUCGCGACAGCUGUUCGAGCGUUGGUGCUCAGACAAGCGUAACGCUUGUCUAAUUCCUGGUUAUGUGGUCGAGGGCACGCUAGCAAAGAAAAUUCUUUCGGAGCCGACGGAGAUUGCUGCGUUAGAUGGACGCAUCAUUCCUAUGAACUGUACCGUCGAGUACAUCUCGUUUUCGGCACACGCAGACUUUGUGGGCACAAGCGGCUUCGUUGAGAAGCUCACGCCACCCAACAUUGUGCUUGUGCAUGGUGAAAAGAAUGAGAUGAUGCGUCUCAAGUCGGCAUUAAACAAGAAGUUCAACGAUCCUAAGAUUUACCAUCCAAGCAUCUUUACGCCAGCCAAUAUGCAGGAGAUUGUGCUCGAGUUCAAGGGUGAAAAAAUUGCUAAGGCUAUUGGAGGCUUGGCGAGCGAUCAGCCGAAGAAUGGCAAGGUGAUUUCCGGCCUCUUGGUAGAGGUCGACUCGCAGACGCACUUGAUGGAUAAAGCGGAUCUCUCGACGUAUACAAAGCUCAUAUCUAGCAGCAUUGCACAAAAGCAGCACGUGCCAUUCGAGUAUAACUCUUUCGGUGUGCUAAUCACUUUUAUUCGUCAGAUGUACGAGGACGUCGUGCACGUAGAGGAAGAAAACCGUGUGGUGGUCUGCAAGCAAGUGGUCGUGACCCGAUGUGCCGGUACCACAGGUGUCACCGAGAAACUUGUCGUGGAAUGGACGUCUGCGCCGACUGCCGACAUGAUUGCAGACUCGGUCAUUGCGCUUGCUAUGCAUGCACAAGCAAGCCCGGCAAGUUUCAAGCUGAGUGGCCAGCCUGUCGCUGCCUGCCCGCACGAUCACUCCAAGAAGAGCGACGGUUGUAUGGACGAUGUGAAUGGCAAGAACGAUGUCUGUGAUGACGCUGUGCACGUCGUGGGUGAUGUCUCAACAGAUGAACAAGAGCGAAGUCCUGUGAAAAAAAGCACGGAUAGUACUGACGAGUCUGCGCUAGAACUGCUGGUCAAGAAAGAGAAUACAAGGCCAGAGCUUUUAGCUGAAACGGAGGACACAAAGCCAGAGCUGCCGGUUGAAACGGAGGACACAAAGCCAGAGCUACCGGUUGAAAAGGAGGAUACGAAGCCAGAGCUGCUGGUUGAAAAGGAUGAUAUGAAGCCAGAGCUGGAAAAGGCUGUGCGGGAACUAGGUGAGGCAGACCAAGAUGCGCUGAACUUGCUCGUUUUGUUCCGACUUUUGAAGGAUCAAUAUGGCGAUGUUGAUUUGGACUUUGAAACGAACAAGAUUCAUGUACGAACUCCUAGCGGCAUUGAUGCCGUAGUCGAUCACGCCUCACAGGACGUCGAGUGCGAGGAUGCACCGUUUAAGCUAAAGCUACAAUCGACAGUCCGCCGCAUUGAAAAUGCGCUCAAGCCUAUUGCAACGUCGUGA